AUGUGGCAGGCUGGAAAGAGACAAGCCUCAAAAGCCUUCAACCUCUAUGCUAAUAUUGAUAUCCUCCGGCCCUACUUUGACGUUGAGCCAAACCAAGUUCGGAACAGAUUGCUGGAAUCCAUGAUACCUGUCAAGAUGAUCAAUUUUCCCCAGAAGAUAGCUGGUGAGCUUUAUGGUCCUCUCAUGCUAGUCUUUACGCUGGUGGCUAUUUUGUUGCAUGGAAUGAAGACAUCAGAUACUAUCAUUAGGGAAGGUACAUUGAUGGGCACAGCAAUUGGCACCUGCUUUGGUUACUGGAUAGGUGUCUCCUCCUUCAUAUAUUUCUUGGCAUACCUAUGCAAUGCUCAGAUCACCAUGGUCCAAAUGUUGUCACUCCUGGGUUAUGGACUUUUUGGACACUGCAUCACCCUCUUUGUCACCUACAAUAUCCAUCUUCACUCCCUUUUUUAUAUUUUCUGGCUGGGAAUUGGUGGCCUCUCCACACUACGAAUGGUUGCUGUGUUGGUAUCACGCACGGUGGGACAUACCCAGCGACUCAUCUUGUGUGGAGCACUUGCUAUCCUGCACAUGCUCUUCCUUCUUUACCUGCACUUUGCUUAUCAUAAGGUCGUGGAAGGCAUCCUGGACACAUUGGAAAGACCCAACAUUCCUCCCUUUCAGAGAGUUGCCAGAGACAUUCCAGCCAUUUCUUCUGCUGUAAUGAACAUAACAUACAAAGCAGUUGCUGCAUAGAUCUAGCCUUACAGACUGGUAUGCUCACCCUGUCAUCCAUUUGCUGCUGUUACCACAAUAAAUGGACAAAGUAACAGCAGUAGUAAUUGGCUUAUCCACAGAUUUGCUUUUGGAAGUGAAGUCAGAAGACUCCAAGGACAUUUCAGAAGAGCUGCCUCUGUCCAACUUUGGCCAAAGUGGAUUGGAUAGAGCCUUCCUAAUGGGCCCUGUAUAUUUAACUGGGAUUGCAUAAGUCACCAUUUUCCUCCGUAUAUUCUUUGUGCUUGCUUUUGUCUUUUUAGACUAUGUGUAUCUUCUUUCUCAAGGGAAGAAUUAAAUUAAAUGGAUAUUGGUU